GGAUGUUCGCCCGGCCAAACGCGCGCGUCCAUGACAGUCCAUGCAACGCUCGCCAAUGCGCCGUGGGAACCUCUAGGCAGCUACGUACAGUACAGUAAGUGCAGGACAAGCCAUAUCAUACUGUACAUAUACAGUAGGGAAGCGAUAUAGAGGACAGGAUUGUCUCGCCUCACGAAAACGGAGCUAUGGCCGUGGACGUCGUCGACAGUCCCGUCGCUCCUAUGCGUCCUAGCGACGACGAAGACCAGAAAACGGCAAAGACGAUUCCUAUGCCCGUCCGUCAGACUCCCCUGUACGAGAACUGCAGCGUCUUCUCGCCGGAGGGAACUCUCAUGUUUCGCUGUUCAAGAAAGAAGAUAGAUUGGUACCUGUCGAGAAAUCUCGCCGUCCCAAUGAAAGAAGGCGACGAUGAACAGGUGGACCCGUCUGCUCCACAUGCCAUCCAGCUGACCUUCACCCCGCGAGGCAAUGGACGGAAUAGCGCUGGAGAGGAGUACUAUUUGGAAGAGAGGCAAAAUAUAUGUGUCGGCUGCGGGUUCACUGAUGGGCUGACAUCCCAUCACAUUGUGCCCUAUCAAUACCGCAAAUUUAUGCCAGACUCCCUAAAAUCCCACGCAUCGCACGACGUCGUCCUCCUGUGCGUAAACUGCCACGAUGCCUACGAAUUGCACGCAGUAAAACUCAAAAAAACCAUCGCCAAAAAGUACAACAUCCCCUUAGAGGGCCGCGGACACAUAGUGUACCAUGAGCACCGAAAAGUGCAUUCCGCCGCCAAUGCCAUCUUGCACUCCCGCCGUACACAGCAUCCGGACAAAAACCGAAUACCGGAGCAACGACUACAGGAGUUACACGCCAUCCUACGCGACUUUUUCACCUUCCCAUCAGACCACCCCAUAUCGUCCGCAGACCUCGAAGCAGCCCUCGAGCUCCCACAAUACGGCCGCGCACCCGAUUUCGUGGAGCAUGGGGAGGUUGUCGUGGGCUGUAUGAGUGAGAAGGAGUUGGAGACGUUUAUCAGGGAUUGGCGAAGGCAUUUUCAGACGUAUGCGAGGCCGGGAUUUUUGAGUGAGGCGUGGAGGGUGGAGAAUCCGGUCAGGAAUCGUUGAGCGAGGAGCCAGAUUCCGCCGGACCCCUGGUCCUGCUGCGGUCCCCCGUUCACCGCACAAGACUUCCAACUCGCUAUCGGCACCCCU